UUGCAGGAAACUUAGUACCCACAAACUUAGGCUUAAUGCCUGGGAACAUUCGUUGUCUGAGGCUCCAUCCAUGUAGCCAACUUAAUUUAAUAUCGAAAACAACACAUGCCAUUCCUCUUUGCGCAUCUAUGAUGCACAUUUGGACUUCGUAAUGUAUACAAUACAUCAUUGUCGCUCGUAAGUGGUAAGCGUGAAGUGGGUACACCCACUUUCAUGAGUUUCCAUGAACAUUCAUGCAGGUCAGUAUAGUCUCAAACAUAUUCGUUGUCGUGUUAGUGUUACGAAUUCUAACAGACAUCGUAAACUAUUAACAAAAAAGUGAAGAGCAAUCCAACAAGAGUGAUGAUGCCUUAUAAAAUGGAAUAAGUCUUCGCACAAAAGCAUAGUCAUUCUUCAUGUCCAUGAGAAUGAAGAAACCAAAAUAUUCUCUCCCUCCCUCCCUCUGUCUUUCCUGCCCCACAUUGCUCUCCAUUAUAUUCAUAAUGUUCGACAGGUCUUGUCAUCCACCUCUAGGUGAAGUUUUCUCUGCACACUCUGUAGCCCCCUGGCCAUGGUGGCUGCAUUGCAGCUUUCUUCCCCUUCUCUUCCACCCUCAAAUCUGAAUCCAAAGUUCAAUCCUAUUGGAACUCUGGCAACUCAUCAGCAAUCAAAAAUUGCUUCAUCAUCACGUUGCAGAUUGUUCAUAACCAACUCUCAGCAGAAGCCACAUCACCUUCAUGACCACAUCCCAACCUUACUCCCACCACCUAAUGAGAACGUUGCGGCGGUCAUAUUCGGCGACGGCGGAUCCUCGGACUCCUCGAGGCUGUACCCUCUUACCAAGAGAAGAUCACAGGCAGCAAUCCCCAUUGCAGCAAACUACAGGCUGAUCGAUGUUGUAGUCAGCAACUGCAUCAACAGCAGCAUCACCAAAAUCUAUGUUCUCACACAGUUCAACUCCACUUCGCUCAAUUCCCACCUCGCCAAGGCCUACUCCCGUCUAGGCCUUGGCCAAGGUGGGUUCGUCGAAGUCGUCGCCGCGUACCAGAGCCUUGAACAUCAGGCUUGGUUUCAGGGGACUGCUGAUGCAAUCAGAAGGUGCUCGUGGGUUCUUGAGGAGCACCCUGUUUCUGAAUUCCUCGUGCUUCCCGGUCACCAUUUGUACAGAAUGGACUACAGGAAUCUGCUGGAGGCUCAUCGGAGGGGGAAUGCUGAUAUAACGAUUGCUGCAUUGGGGUGUUCUUCUGGUCGAAGGGAAGAGCAGGAGGGUUUGGGCAGGUUGGAAGUGAAUUCGAGGAAUCAAGUUGUUGGUUUUCAUGAUGGGAGGCAGGGGAAUUCGGAAGUAAGUUGCAGAGGUGGUGUGUUUGAGAACAUGGGGAUAUAUGUGAUCAACAGGGAUGUCUUGAGAAAGCUUGUACAUGAGAGUUUCCCAGAGGCAAUCGACUUGGGAAGUGAAGUAAUCCAUGGAUCGAUCAUAUCCCUUGGACUUAAGGUUCAAGCUUGUCCAUUCAAUGGGUACUGGGAAGACAUGAGGAGCAUAUCAGCAUUUUACCAGGCCAAUAUGGAAUUCGUCAAGAGAUCAAACAACUGUCAGAGCUUCUACGAUAUGGUUUCGCCUCUAUACACCAUUCCUCGUUGCCUUCCACCGACAACAGUGACUAAUGCCCUUAUUACAGAUUGUGUUAUUGGAGAUGGUUGCAUCCUCAAUAGGUGCAGGAUCAAAGGGAGCGUGGUGGGAAUGAGGACUAGAAUUGGAGAUGGAGUGGUGGUUGAAGAUUCAGUCAUAUUGGGUGCUGAUAAUUACCAAGAUGAUAAGAUUGGUGUUGAGGAGAGGAGGAAGAGGAGUAAUGGGAUGAAUGGCAUAACUAUGGAGGGAGGCAUGAACAACAAUGGAAGGAAUGGUGUUCCAAUUGGAAUAGGUGAUGGAACUCUUAUGAGGAAAGCAAUUGUGGAUAAAAAUGCAAGAAUUGGCAAAAAUGUGAAGAUAAUCAACAAAAAUGGAGUACUUGAGGCUGAUAGAGAAAGAGAAGGAUACAUGAUUAGAGAUGGGAUAAUCGUGAUCAUGCGAGGAGCAGUGAUCCCAGAUGAUACAAUUUUGUAACACAAGAUUCCCAACUUUAUCUCUUUAUUUAGUUAUCAUUAAGUUCAUCACUCAUUUGCCCUACUUUGGCGGAUUAUUUGGUUAGUUCAGGCUUAUAUUCGACAUUAUAACAAUAAAGUUGCAUUUAUGGUGAUACCCAUCAUUCAGUUGAGAGCGGAUGGUUUCUUUUGGAGGCUACUGUACCACGUUGUAAUCAAAUUCGUGCAAUUGAUUAAUUGGUUGAUUGCAUAUUCACGAAGUACUUAUGUGAUUUCUAUUGAUACUCGAAGGCUAAAGACUAUCGGCGGAAGAUGACAAUUAGAUGAGUUCUUGAUCUAUUUUGUGACCUAAGAAAUAACAAUGCUCUUC